CCGAGCCAAAGGCAGUAUUGGCCCGCUCCUUUCAACGAAGUGGUUGCUCUUUUGUGCCGGCAAUGAGUUGCGCCGGGGCGGCGGCGGCUCCCUGCCUGUGGCGGCUGCGCCCGGGCGCCCGGCGGUCGCUCUCAGCUUAUGGAAGAAGGAUCAUUGUCAGAUUUCGCAGUUCAGGAAUGACCUUAGACAAUAUCAAUCGGGCAGUUGUGGAUCGAAUAAUCCGGGUGGAUCAUGCGGGCGAAUAUGGAGCAAACCGCAUCUAUGCCGGGCAGAUGGCCGUCCUGGGUCGGACAAGCGUCGGGCCAGUCAUUCAGGUGGUCAUAUCUGCUUCUUUCUUUUCUGGUCUGGGUUUAACAAUCCCAGGGGCAGGGACCGCCUUGCUCGGGAAGGAAGGUGCAAUGGCCUGCACCGUGGCGGUGGAAGAGAGCAUAGCACAUCACUACAACAACCAGAUCAGGAAGCUGAUGGAGGAGGACCCUGAAAAAUACGAGGAACUUCUUCAGGUGAUAAAGAAAUUUCGGGAUGAAGAGCUUGAGCACCAUGACACAGGCCUUGAACAUGAUGCCGAAUUGGCUCCAGCCUAUGCCGUCCUGAAGAGCGUUAUCCAAGCUGGAUGCAAAGUGGCGAUAUAUUUAUCAGAAAGAUUGUAAAGUGUGUCCAGUUAUGCCUGCCUAUAAAAGAUGACAGUAAUUUACCAAGGGACAUUUGCAGAGAAACAAGUGUACAGUUAUCAUUGUACUUUUGUGCAAUGUGAAUUUUGUUAAUUAAAUUAUAGGGUUUCUUUUUUAAAAAAAAA